AUGGCCAAUCCCUUCCUAAUGGACGACGACCUAGACGGUGGCGACAUGGCCGCCAAUCCGUUCCUCGUGCAAUCUGAGUCGGAGCCUAAUACGGACAAUCCCUUUGGAUCAGCUACUGGUGCCUCGAAUCCGUUUGCUUUUGGUGGCGAUGAUCUGGAAGCGGGGGUGGAAUCAGAAGCAGAGGCAGCCCAUGAUAAUGAUCUCGAUCCGGCGAUGAGUUUCUUUGGCACAACGAUCGAGGCAGAAGACGAUGCAUUGAGUCUGAAAUCAGGGGCCGAGGAGGAGGAAGAGGGCGGCAAGAAACCACUUCAGUCACAGUCACACGCACACCAACCGCCGCCUCGCCCCCAGGCUCCUCCACAGAGCACCCAAGAUUUAAUUAGCACGGUAUCCAGUCAGUUGGAGGAGACCAGUUCAGAGCUACUAGGUCGUAUACCCGCCACCAGAUCUCCCAGUCCGGUUUCAAUGAGGGAUUUGCACUCACCAAGCCCCACUCCGGAUUCUGGACUAGCCGAUCUAUUAGAUGUAUCGGUGGAUAGUGGAUCGAGUGCCCAUACUCAAGCAAUGGAGGUGGAUUUGAUUGGAGGAGUGGCAGGUGGUGUUCCCUUAGAUAAUCCUUUCGCGGUACCGACGGCGGUGCCCAAUAUACAGGCAGCAGCGCCACUGCCAGCAACGCCAGUAAAGCAGCCGCCACGACCACCACCACCUCGUCCCGCUCCGCCACGUCCCGCGCCUCCUGGUCAGGUGGCGCCCCAAAGACCACCGCCUCCGGUGGUUCCACAGCUAGACGCGGCAGAAGCAGAUGACCUUCUGGAUAUGUUUGGCACUACUGCGAAUAAGCCGCCUAAGCCGCCACCCCCCAAAUCUAAGGAGGAUAUACUGAGUCUCUUCGAGCAGCCACAAACACAGCCAGCAUCGAAGCCGGACUUACUCCAUGACGAUCUUCCCAAGGCGAAGGCGGAUGGACAGGAGGAACCUGACGAAGAGCAGCGCGAGGGACACACUUCACGGGAUGAACCGGUAUUUACCUCGCUGCUGAUACGCCCGGAUGAGAGCACACAUGACAUAACAUCCCAACCGCAGGCGGCUACUGGAUUGGAACUACUAGCCAAUCACAUGACGGCGCCACCGGAAACAACCAGCAGACAAAGGGCACCUACGCCGGAUAUCGAGAUAACCACGGUGGAUGAUCUGCCUCGUUCGGAUGACGAGGAUGAGCCGGAGGUCAAGCAGGAACCGGUUCCGGAGCCAGAACCACAAGUCGAACAGGAAACGGAGCCCGAAAUCAUCUCUGACCACAGCCCGCCAACAGAAUCACUCGUAACCACCCAGGCAGCUGACGUCGAUAACGAACCACUGGCCAGCGAACCCGAGCCGGAGCAAAUGGACACCGGUCUGGACUUUCCACUGGCUUCUAGUGGUGGCUUGGCCAGUGGGCAGUUGUCUGCCAAUCCCUUUGCCAGUCCUGAGGAGGAGGAAGAGCCGAGAUUCGCACCGGUGCCCGUGGCCAAUAUUUUUGCCGUCGACGAUACGGCACCGGAGGUGGAGCUUCCGCAGACGGAAGUGGCCCCUAGCUAUACGGGAAACAUCUUUUCAGCCGAGCCUGACGAAUUCGACGCUUUCUCAGCCAAGUUUGAUUCGGUAAAGAAGGACAACAUAAGUAUCCUGGACGGCUUUGGGGGAUCCGGGGCCAUAACGCCUACGGGCGGAGAUGCUUGGGGAGACAGUGCUUUCGGAUCGGUAACAAUCUCGGCGAAUGCUUUUGGAGACACCAACUCGGCGGACGAUGGAUUUGGCAACGAGGACGAUGACUUUUAUGCAAUGCAGGCUCCAGCACGCGCGGAUUCCGUGGAAUCAGUGGACAAGGAGUUCAGCGUAGUCAUCAACCCGAAGGCAGCGGGGACUGGUGGAGUGGCCCCCACACUGGCGCCACCACCACCGCCGGCACGGACUGCCAACCAGGCUCAGACCACAUCUCCGCCAGGCACGAAAGUUAAUCCCUUCGAGGAUGUCAGUGGCUUUCCGGCUCCUGGGCCACCACCAACCGAUGGCAGCUCCAUUAAACGAACGGACUCACAGGAAACGCCACAGACACCGCUCUAUGACGAGGACGUAUCACAGCCACUGGAGGAGUUCCCGCGACUUCAUUACGUAGGACCCGGUUGGGAAAUGCAAUUGCGUCAGCCCAACAAGAAGAAGAUCACAGGACAGCGCUUCUGGAAGAAGAUCUUCGUCCGCUUGGUGAUCCAGAACGACGUGCCGGUGGUGCAGCUGCUUAACCAGGCAGGUGACAAGCAGCCCUUCCAGGAACUGCCAUUGCAACCAUCGUAUUCCGUGUCGGAGGUCGGGGCACAGCAGUACGACCAGUUCGGAAAAAUAUUCACAAUGAAGCUACAGUACAUAUUCUAUAAGGAGCGUCCCGGUGUAAGACCGGGCCAGGUGACCAAGGCAGAGCGGAUCACCAACAAGCUGACCAAGUUCGCACAAUAUGCUAUUGCUGGCGACUAUGAGGGUGUCAAGGAGUUUGGCAGCGAUCUGAAAAAACUGGGCUUGCCCGUGGAGCAUGCGCCGCAAUCGUCCCAGCUCUUCAAGAUAGGAUCGAUGAACUACGAGGACAUGAAGCAGUUCUCCGUGUGCAUAGAAGAGGCUCUGUUCAAGCUGCCAGCUCUACGGGAACGAGCUUUGACUUACAAAAUGGAGGAGGUUCAGGUGACCGCCGUGGAUGAGAUCACUGUUGAGCAGGACUUUGAAGGCAAGAUCCUGAAACAGAUUGCUCGGGUGCGACUCUUCUUCCUCGCCUUCCUCACCGGCAUGCCCACCAUCGAGCUGGGCGUGAACGAUAUGUGGCGGCAGGGGAAGGAGGUUGUAGGCCGGCACGACAUCAUCCCGGUGGCCACCGAGGAAUGGAUCCGGCUGGAGGCUGUUGAGUUUCAUAGUGUGGUCAAUCAGCAAGAGUAUGAAAGAACGCGCACCAUAAAAUUCCAACCGCCCGAUGCCAACUACAUUGAACUGUUGCGCUUCCGUGUGCGUCCGCCUAAGAAUCGCGAACUUCCGCUGCAGCUAAAGGCCACCUGGUGCGUCACCGGUAACAAGGUGGAGCUGCGGGCCGACAUCCUGGUGCCCGGAUUCACCUCCCGCAAGCUGGGCCAAAUCCCAUGCGAAGAUGUCUCAGUGCGCUUCCCUAUUCCCGAAUGCUGGAUUUAUCUGUUCCGCGUGGAGAAGCACUUUAGAUACGGGUCGGUCAAGUCGGCGCAUCGACGAACAGGUAAAAUCAAGGGAAUCGAGCGGAUCCUGGGUGCCGUGGAUACGCUGCAAGAAUCGCUGAUCGAGGUGACCUCUGGUCAGGCCAAGUACGAACAUCAUCAUCGGGCCAUUGUUUGGCGUUGUGCACGUUUGCCCAAGGAGGGUCAGGGUGCUUAUACCACGCAUCAGCUGGUUUGCCGCAUGGCACUAACAUCAUAUGACCAGAUUCCAAGUGAACUGGCGCCAUACGCAUUCGUGGAGUUUACUAUGCCCGCCACGCAGGUCUCGCAUACCACCGUGCGCUCCGUAAGUGUCCAGGACUCAGAUGCCGAUGAGCCUCCGGAGAAGUACGUCCGCUACUUAGCGCGACACGAGUACAAGGUUGGCAUCGAGACCACGCACGGCGAGUCCACGAACGCGUAUCUGGCGGCAACGCGUCCCAUUCGCGAGGAACCGCCCAGCACGGCCACUAAGCCUGCUGCCUCCCCGGUCCCACCCAGCGAUUCGGACACGGAUUCCAACUAAACCAACAACGCCAGACCGAGCUCCGUGGCAGAAUCUGCCUAAGGGGAAGAGUGAAUAGAAAGGCAGUGCAUUCAAGCGGCUUUUUGUAGAUAUUGCUCGUGCAUGGUUAUCCCAAUCGUUCUUGUUAUAUAUAUAUAAUAUAAUACGCAUUAGUAAAUGUGGUCCCUAGCAUAUAAAUAUUUUUAUGAGCAUCUGCCGUAUUUUCCUCCUCUAGCUUGUACAACGAGUUCAUCGCGUUGGGUAAGGUAAAGAUUAGUUGACAAUAAAGUUAAGGCCAGCAACUGAGAAGAGUGCGAGGGUUACGAAGCAGACAAAUGAUGAACACUGUGUAAAAAGCCAAACGAACGAAGAUUAUGAUGAAGCUGAUGGAUUUGUAGAGACGUCAACGGAGAAAAAGGCAGCCAAGGCGUCUUAGGUAUCCUAUAUCCUAUACACCACAUAGUCACAGCCAUACUACAUGACUUAACCUAGCCUAGCCUAAAACAUACUAAACUGCGUUACUUGUAGCUAUACGACUGCGUUACAGUUAAUUAAUAUCAGAUCAGACAAGAAUUGUACGUAAAGUCAACUCAUACAUAUGCAUAGGAAUAAUGGUUAUAAUCUCAAGACAAAAACUCACACACGAGCCAUAUAUGUUACAUAUACUAUAACUGAUGUAACGUGAAGUAAGCAGAAAAAUGAAAAGCAAUUUUUCCACAAAAGCAUUUUUAAAACAAGGUUCAAAUGCACAUCAGGUCAAGUCCUACUGAAACUAUGCUGGCACUAACUAAGAUAAACCAACAUUGGCUUCGGCUACCAUCUUCGCAAAAUGUUAACCAAAAGUUGCGUAUUGGCUGCCAGCUUAAUUAUCCCUGUAGUGAACUGUCAGCCUUACAUAAAGUUAACCAACACUGGUCAGACUACAUAAUUAGAAAAGGCUACUUGAAGCUUUCCAUUGCCAUCAGAUACCCUUUAAGCUUUAUGUAUACCAUUUAUUUAAUGAUAUAUUUAGAGAUGUAUUCAAAAAUCCAAGCGUAAACGUAAACGGAAAUGCAUAUUCAAAUGUUAUUGUUGUGAAUCAAAUUAAAUUAUAUUCAAACUAAACUAAUAAGCAAAUAAAAACUAUAUAGGCAAAUCAUCUUUGUUAACGCAAAAAGCAAAUUGAAGUGUAUGAGGAAAACGAGAUCUUACUUAAAACGAAACUAACGAAAAUAUUCAUAACUAUAUGCCAUACAUAUUGAUUGAUAACUAAUUGAUUGAUUUAUUGAAUUUACUAGGAAGGUUGCAUAAAAAUAGAUUUGUUAAUUGCGUGUUAAAUUAAUAUAUUAUAUCAUCCCAGCUUAUCGAACUCUCCCAGACAUUACCUCUUUUCUAUCCUAUUCACUCCAUGCCCCCAAAACUCACAUUCCAUGUCGGAGGACUCUCAGUGAAAUGAAGAUAUAUUAUUUAUAGAGAUUGUGUAUAUUGUACCCCUAAGAAAUUAUAUUUAUUCAUGAAUUAUGUAUGUUACAUUAUUUACCUACGGUUAAUUCUAAAUAUAUUAUAUUAUAUAUUGUCAAUAACACAUGUAUUGUAUGUACAAUAAAAAAAAGAGGAAACCCAUGUAAACUCACGGAUCGGUUGACAAACACUCUCACACGUUAUAUAUAUAUAUACUAUCAUAAAAUACAAAAAUACAAAAAUCGACGGUUCCGACGCGAUCUAUGCCACCGAUCCGUUAGGGUCUAGAGGCUUAUACAACAUUGCGUUAGGACUGGUCGAUAUUAUACAAAUAUGCGCCGCAAGCUAAUGGUGUUAACCGAUAAACUAAACAUGAUAUAAUGAAUUAUUAUGAACCAAACAAAACGCAUUAUGAAGGAACAUUAUCUAGUCAAAUAAUAAAUAUUGAGACAACAAAUAUUAAGCAAUGCAAA